AUGAAAACCUCUGAUAAACUUCUUGUUUUGAUAUCUUGUAUUUUCAUUCUUGCUAACCUUCCAAAAUGCUAAUGUUGCCCCUAUAGCGAAUAUGAGGAAGCUUUAAUUCCUCUUGAGUAACCAGUUGAUUUUAACUACUUUGAUUCUCUUGUUACUUUGGAUGCUGGUUAAACAUUUGGUUUUGGAUUUUGGAGUCUUUGUAUUCCUUAAUAAACUUUUAAGAAUAUUCCAUAAGUGGAAGCAGAAUACAUAGUAACAGAUGCUGAAUAUGGACAAUUAUUAUUUUUAGUUUAGGGAAGCUCUGGGAAUUCAAUGAUCGGAUUCUUUAGAAUAGAUUAACUGAAUUUAAGAGUUUACAAUACUAUCAUGAUUUUAGGAAGUAACAUGUAAGUUCUGUUGUUUGAGUAUUAAACAUUUAAUUAUGAAGGCAGAUGGAUUCUAAGCUUCCUAACCUUUGAAUUCAGUUCUGGAAAAAUCAUUGUUCAAAUGACUGAUCAAGAAACAUAAAUUGGGACAAUGAAUGUAGGACAGGACUUUAUUUCAAUAUUUUAAGGAGGAAGUGGAAAUGUAAUAUAUAUAUAUGUAACUAAUUAGAUCAUGGGCCUAAAUCUAAAUAUUUUCAAAGGAAGAUUAUCAAAAAUCUUUGUUAGCAAGGUUGAUUUUAUCGGUUAGGAUAUAUUUUCAUACAUGAAUGAUAAUUGCUAAGUUCCUCCUCAAAUGCAAGGGGAACAAGUAACUUACUUUGUAAAAGGCUUAUAAAUCUUUGAAGGGGAUACCUCUCUCUAGUACACGAUAAAUUAAUUUGGAAGUAAGUUCUGUUUAUCAGGAUGGGUGAAAUAUGAUGCAUCGAAAGUUAUUGAUUUAUCCAAAUACCCAUUGAUUAGAAUCAGUCUUUUUAAAAAUUAUUUUGAUAGAUAAAGCAUCGGAGAUGAAAUAUUCUUAUUGCAGGUGUGGUUUUAGAAGUUGUUACCUAGAUAUACAUAGGUUGUCGUCAAUGUGGACAAUCAUCAAAUACCAAUAAUGGGGCUUAUUGAUUAUAAUAUUUUAACUGUAAUGCAAGACCUAUUGUUUGAUGUCUGGUCAGAAUAUUAUUUUGCAGGAUUACAGUAGUGGCAUUUUGUGAAGUAUGAAUAUGGUUCUCAAAUACCUGGAAGAAAAAGCUUGUUUUAGAUUCAAUUCUAUAAUGAGCUUAAUUUAUAGGAGUAGUCUCAUGACCUUUCUCUUCCAACUAAUUCUCCAUAUUAUGUUUAUAUAGGAUCUGAUGAAUUUAUUAAUGAAUUAUUAUAAGCAUCGCUCUUCGAUUUUAAAUUCGAAUACAAUUAUGUUGAUGAUAAACAACUACUUUUCAAUGGUAAAAUGAAUCUACUAUUCUAGCCUGUCAUUAUUCUUGCUCUAUAUGUGAUGGACCAUUAGAAAAUAAUUGUAUAAGUUGUGAGGCUGAUUCUAAGAGAUACUAUUUGAAUGAAUAGAAAAAGUGUUAAUGUCUACAUGGAUAUAUUGAUAUUCCAAAUGAAAAAGUGUGUUAAUCAUUUGAGUACCAAUUUUCAUCAGUCUUAGAACAAGAAGGGUAAAAUCUUGGAGUUUCAUAAUGUUAAUUCGGAUAUUUUAUAUAUCCUAAUGAAAAUGGUUCCAAUGAAUGUAUAAAAUGGUAUACAUAUAUGUAUAAAUAUGUAGCCCACAAUCUAAUUACUAAGACGUUUUAUGCGUCGAUUGUGUAUAUUACCCAUAGACUUGGUAUUUAAAACCUAUCUGUAAAUAUGACUUAAUAUCUGAUAAAUUAGCAGGAGAUGAUGCUUUUAAAUAUCAACAUAGAGAUCAAUUAGAUUAUGAUUUUUAUCUGAUUAAUCAAAAUAAAGAGUUAUCUCUUUAUCCAGGUUAUCUUGACUUUUGUGAUUUGGAAUCAGACUCUAUAAACUGUUUUUAAGCAAAGAUUUAGCACUUAGGAUAAACUAUUGAAGUGAAAUGUAAGCCUAAUUACUAUUAAUCUAAUGGAGACUGUACAUUCAGUAAUGUUAAUUGUUUACAAGUAUCACUAAAUGGAAGUUGUCUUCAAGUCAAAGAUGGGAUGUAUCUACAUGAUGGAUAUUACUAUUAGUGUCCUUAAAAUUGUUUGACUUGUAGUUAUAAUGGUGCAAAUAACACUUCAUAGUGUCUAUCUUGUAUUGAUCAUUACACAUUAGACAAUGGUAGUUGUCUUCCUUGCGGUAAUUUCUGCGGGUUUUGCUAAAAAUACUAUGAUGUCAAUAUCAAUAAAUAUUAUUUAAAAUGUUAUCGGUGCGUAGAUGAUUCAAAAUAUUAUCUAACAUUUGAUGGAAUAAGUUGCUAAGUAAAUACUAUCCAUCACUGUGCUUAUGCAUUUUAGGCAUUAUAUUACAAUUAUUAAGUUAACACUCUUGAUCUGUAUUUUACUCCUAGAGAUGAUUGGGAUAAUAUUAUUACUACUUGUGGGAGAUGCGAUAAUGGUUAUGGAGUUAUAAUAAAUUCUUACAUAUGUUUAAGUAUGAGAGAAGUGACAUGUAAUUUUUCUUAUGUUGAUCAUAUAUGCGACAUUGUCAUAGAUGAUGCAAUCUACAAUGAAUUGAACUAGUCCGAAUACUAUACGACUCCAAGUGGUGAAUAGAUAACUAUAGCUUUUGACGAUAGUUACAACUUGAUCUGUACAUCAAUACAAUAUUGUUUGAUAAAUCAAGCAUAUUAUGAUUAUCCGACAGCAGACAUCAUUUAAUUUAGUGAGCAAUGUCCUUAAUAUAUUGAAAAUUGUGCUACUUGUUUAAAGGAGAAGGUAUAACUGUGGUCUAUUGUUCACAUUUGUUUAGAAUGUAAGAGUGGAUACUAUGCUGAAAGAAUAUCAGGUAAAUGUUAUUAAUGUCCACCUGAAUUAAAUUGUUAUAAUUGUGCCUAAUAAUAACGACUUUCAAAAGAUUAUUGGAAAAUCAAAAUCAGAGCCUUCUACCAAAAAUUUAUUAAUUUUGAUAAUAAUCAUCCCUUUAAACUCAAUUCUCAAAGUGAAAAUAAAGAAGAUUAUGAAGUUAUAUGUACUAUGUGUGUUAAUGGCUAUUAAUUGAUGAAUUAAAAGUGUAUCAAUGCAUGUCCAGACUCAUGUUUGGAAUGUAAAUACAAUAAUGGUGAGAAUUAAUGUGUUAGAUGUGAAUUGGAAUAAAAGGGUAGGAGGUUAAGUUUAUCUAAUAAUUAAUGUAUUGCUUGCCCAUAAAAUUGUGCAUUAUGUAGAAUUCGAUCGUCUGAAGAGAUCUAAGCAAUUAAUCCUCUCUUUAAUAAUAAUAACUACUAUACAUAUACAUAUCAGUGUUUAAAAAGCUUUGAAGAUUAACAAUACUAUUAUGAUUAAGAAUUGGGAAGUUUUAUUUAGUGCACAAAUAGUAAUUGUGAAAAGCAGAUGACAAUACCUAUAAAUUUGUAUUGUUCUUAGUAAGAUUACACAGCAGCUUUGAAUUCAAUGGAGUCAUCUUAUCAAAAAGCUUAAUUUCAAUAAAAGAAUAUACUGUUAGAAGAUCUUACCUCAGGAAAUAGUUUUAAAUAAGUAUUAAAAAGUAAUUAUUUUAGUUUGAAAAUGAUGAUUUCUAUUUAUCAGCCAAUUCAAUGUUAAUUAAGACAAUCAUUAUAAACAUCGUUAGUGUCAAACCACAAAUAUGCAGAAUUUCAGGAAACGCCAUAAUUUAACAAGUUUUUAGUACUAAUAUAUUUUCAGCAAUGUAUAUAUUAAACUUAUUUUAGAAACGUUGAACUAAAUCUCUUACUAAAUUAAAACACUAUAAUAGAGUAUGAAAGAUCAAUCACAUUCUAUAAUUUUAAUAAAAUAACAAUCAAAGGUGGCCACUUUUAACCAUUAUAUAAUAACAAACUAAAAUCAAUAAUAUUUUAAAGUAAAAUACCCUAAACGAUACUACUUGACACCAUUGAAUAUCAACAAUUAAAUUAAGAAAGUGAUUAAUCAAGAAUUUUAUUUUAUGACAUCAAGAAGUUAACUCUAAUCAAUUUCAAAGUAUUGGAUCUUAUGCAAACAAAAAAUGCCCAAUUCAUCUACAUUGCAGAAACUCUUUUUGUCAAAUCAAUAAUGCUAAAAUCUAUUUAGAUACUUAAUUCCAUACUUCUAAACUAAAUUACAUUCUUUUUUAACGUUAACAAAUAUGAUAUUAUAGAAAUUGUAGAUUUGUAAGUUAAUGCGAAAUUCACAAAUUCAACAUUAAUAGAUACAAGCCUAUAAAUAUAAUCUGGAUCCCUUUUUAUUCAAAAUUUUAUCCUAUAAAUAGAUAUAAAAGACUGUCAAGCUUUUUUAAAUUUUUAUCUUUUAAAAGAAGUCACACUUUAAGGAAUUAAUGUAAAAAGUUCUAUAAUUUAAUCUUCCACUCUUAUAAUACUGAAUAAUAAUAAUAGAAUAGAUGAUCUUAUCAUUAAAAAUUGUAACUUUAAAAACCAAAGUUUCGGAGUUGUAAAUUCUGACCAGCUUCAAUUAAGUAAUCUAGAAAUUUAGUUAUCAAAUAUCGUCAUUGAAUAGAAUGAAUAUGAUCAAACAACCAAAUUGCUAUCAUUUAAUAAUUAUAAUAAUGAAAAUUCAAGAAUUUAAAUUAAAACUAUAAUGAUAUCAAAAAAUUAUAUAAAAUCCAUUACUGAAGAUUUUAAAUUAAACACUUAUAGCUCCUGUUUUAUCUACAUUUCUUUGAAUAAUAUAGCAAUCUCAGAGAUGGAUAUAAUACGAGGAAUUGGAUUAAUAGAUAUCAGUAUUGUUGAGGCUAUUUCAUUAAGAAUAACUUCUAGCAGAAUUACUUAAGGUGACGAUUAUAAAUUUUUCGGACUUCAUCAAUAUCUUGAUUGUCAAUUAUAAUAGGUUAUUGGCGAAUAUUAUUUGCAAUCUCUUUUUGUUACUUCUGUUGUUAAUUUUGAGAUAGUUGAUUUAGAAAUUAAGUUUGCUUAAUCGUACAACUCUCCCAUUUUAUAUUAUAAAUCAUCUGACAAAGUAAAAUAAUAACAAUUUGAAACAAUUCGUUUUUCUAAUUUAGUUGUAGAAUCAAAUUUAUUAUUAUUAUCAAAUUCAAAAUAUUAAACUGCUAUUAUCUUUGUUGACUCAGUUUAAUAAACUAAUAUAGAAUUAUCGAAUAUUACUUUUUUCGGUAACAUUCUGCAUGAAUAUGUCCAAAAUAACCUUUAAAUUUCUUCUUUGCUUUUAAAUUUAAAUUGUAUUUUAGGAACUAUCAAUAUAAAAAAUUCAAAUUUCAUAAAGAAUACUGUUUAUAAUGCAACUGACACAAUAAUUUAUAUUAAAAGUCAGAAAAUAGUUUUUGAAAAUUGCACAUUUUAUUAGAAUAGUUAUUUUAAUUAUUAAUUAAUCUAACCCUAUUUAUUAUGGGGAUUUUCAAAAUUAGAGAAAGUAUAUUAUGAAGAAAUAAACUAAAUAUUUCAAGUGAAAUCUACUUCUGGGGUAGCGUUAUUAUUAGUUGAAAGUUUGGAAGUCUUAUUUUGUAAUUUUGAGUAAUCAGUGGGAUUCUUUGGAGGAGCUCUGCAAAUUGAAGCUUAAAAAAAUAGCAUUAUUUCUAUUUCAUAAACAAUAUUUAAGAAUAUCUCUACUCCAUUCACUUAAGAUUUAGGAUUUGGAGGAGCGAUAUAUUUAGACAGUACUUCAGCUUAGUCACUUGAAGUCUUUAUUAACGAGAUAUCUGUUGAGAACAUAUUUGUUAAAGAAGAAGGAGGAUUCAUUUACAUUCAAUCAGAUUGUCCUUAAGUGAAUAUCCAAUUUUAGCACUUAAAUAUUCAAAAUGUUUUUUCUAAGCUUGGUUCCAUCUUAUAUUUAAUAUUCUCCUCUACUUCUUAAAUCCAAUAAAUUGUUAAGAUUAAUUCAGUUUUUAUCUAAAACACCAAGGAGGGAUUUACAAGCUAUUUAAAUAAAUAUACCCAACUUUCAAAAACAGAAGAAAUAACUAUAUUAAAUAAUAGAGCCUUAUUUUAUAUUAAUUCAGCAAGCAAUGUUGUUUUAUAAAAUAUAGAAAUUGAUCAUCUGAUGUUAGAGUCUGCAUUACAAAUUAACAAUGCUUUGGUAGUGUCAAUUCAGAAUUUUAAAAUAUCAAAUAGUAUAAUUAGCAAUAUACUUUUGAGAUUGCAACCCAACCAAUGUAAAUAUCAUAAUAUAAUUUAGAUAUCUCAAACACAAUUCAGAUGAAUGGUUUGAUAAUUUCAAACAUAACUGUUGCUUUCUAAUUAAAGAGCUAUAAUUGCUAGUAAUAAACUGAUCAAGAUUAUACUUAAUUUUUUAAAUGUCUCUAAAAUGCUCAAAAUACUAAGGCACCACUCAAUUUACUUUCACAUUAUGUUAACUAAGACCUUACUUAUGGAGAUUGCAUUUAAAAUUAAACAAUUAAAUAGAAUCAGUAAGCAAAGAAUUUGAUAAUCGAAAAUAUAUAGUCUGGAAUACUAGUAUUCUAAGAACUCACAGCUUUAUCAUAAUUUAAGUUGGAUAAUAUAUUAUUUACAUAAAUAAAUUGCACAUUUUGUUAAAAUGGAUUGAUCUACUUAUCUUUUUUGAAAGUUGAAGAACUCUUAAUGAAAUAACACAUUUCUAAACUGAAAGUAACAAAUUCUUCAUGCGGAUUUAAUGGAUGUUUGUUUAUUUCUAAAGAAAACUCAAAUGCCCGUCGAUUACUUGCAAAUUAAGAAAUGUACUUGUAAUCCAUGAAUUUUGAAAUUUAUGUUGAAAAUUAUAUUUGCUAGUUCAAUAGGGCUUAAAACGGUACUUGUUUAUUCGUAGAAAAUGUAAAAGUCUUAUUAGAAAAUUCUGUUUUUCAAUACAAUAACGCAUCCGGAACUGGUGGUGCAAUUGUGAUUAAAAUGAAUUAGGACGUCUUAAUUAAAAGUAGCUUAAUUUAGCAUAAUUAAGCAUAAAUAGCAGGAGGGAUAUAUUUGGUUAAUUAAUAGGAUAUGGAUUAUUUUAAACUUGGAACUGUUUUUGAUAAUAAUAGUGCUGAAUAAUUUGGAAACGAUAGGGUUUCAAUACCUUAAAAAUUAACUGUUACUUUUAAUGAUGAAAAUUCUUUAUUAUCAACAAUAACUACAACAGAAACAUAAGAUUAAUUAGUUGAAUAAGUUUAAUUAUAACAGAGUGAAAUACUUUAAACAUCUUAUAUUUUAUUGCCAAGUGGUUAAAAGAUUUCGUCUUAUUAAGAAUUUUCUAAAGAAAAUAGAUCUUAUACUAAGUUAGAUUAUAAAUUUAGGGUUAUCGCUUUGAGCAAAGAUAAUAGUGUGAUGAAAAGCCUGAAGAAUUCAUUUUGUGAAAUUGAUAGUAGAUGUUUAAAUACAUCAAAUUUGGUGGAUGAUGAAAUAUUUAGUAAUAAUCUAACAAGUAUAAAUAAGAUAAAUUUUAAUGAUUUAACUUAAGAUUAUAAUUUGGAUGAUUUGAUAAUUUAUUUUGACAAUGCAUUACCAACAGAUAUUGUUUUAUAAUUACAAUUUAGAUGCAAUUCAAUUGUAAUUCCUAUCUACAAUGAAUAAUACCCAUAUAAUUUAGUAAAUUCUCAUACGAAUUACAAAUUAAGGAUGAACAUUAAGACUUUGAGUUGUUAAUAUGGUGAGAUAAAAAAUAGCACUGAUUUUUCGUGUAUUCCAUGUAAUAGCGAUUAAGGGCUUUUUUCAUUAAACAUAAAUUCUGAAAAAUGCGAAUUGAAGGAUGAUAUUUCAACGGUAAGUGUUUAACCAGCGUUAUUAAAUUUAAAAUUUGGAUUUUGGAGACCUUAUUUUCAAAGCAAUAUUGUCAGCUAUUGUUUGAAUUUAGAAGAUAAUUGUUUAGGUGGUUGGGAGGAAGGUGAUAGUUCUUGUUUUCUAGGACAUAUUGGAGCACUAUGUGAAUAAUGCGAUUUGUAUAAUACAAGGGGAGAUGGCGAAUAUUCGAUUAGUUAGAAAUAUUCUUGUGGAUCAUGCUUAGAGAAAGAGAAGAAUGCGAUAAUUAUAACUUUCGUUAGUAUAUGGUAUAUUUUAUUAAUAAAAUUAUAGGACAUUGGUUUCUAUAUUGGUUUCUGUGCAAAGUACUUUAAAAGCUAUAGAAGAAUUUGUUAGAAUAAUCAGUAUAAUGUUGUUAGGAUUAGCAGUUACUUAAAAUACAAAUUAAUCUGCAAUAUUAAUUAAAAUGCUGACGAAUUAUUUGUAGAUCAUUUCUUCAAUAGCUACAUUUUAAUUAAAAUUACCAAAUGGACUCCAAAGUACAAUUAAUUCAGUUGGAUCUCCAAUUUAGACUAUGACAUAUUCAUUGGAUUGCUUUUUAUCUCAUGUUUUUAAAUUUGAAAUUCAAUAUGCUAGAAUGGUUUGGUAAAUAAUUAUGCCAUUUCUUUAUAUUACAUUCUUUUUAUUAUGUUAUUUACUUGCGGUUAAAUUUAAGAAUAUAACUUAUAAUAGAAGUGUCAUUACAACUACACUUAUCUAUAUGUACAUCUAUUUAUAGCCGAGUUUAAUUGGAGGAUUUGUUCAACUGAUAUCAUACAGAGAAAUAUCAGGAUAUAAAUGGGUACAAUCCAAUGUUUCUUAGAGAUUUGAUACUCCUUAUCAUGUAAGUUGGAUGGUUGAACUUUGUUUGCCUAUGCUUUUGAUUUUAGCUAUUCUUAUCCCAAUUUAUUUCUUUUAUGGUCUUUACAGUAAUUCACACUAAUUAGAUGAUAAGAAAGUUAGACUAUAAUGGGGUUAUCUUUAUAAUGAAUACACUAAAACAGCCUAUUUUUGGGAAGUGAUCAAAAUAUUACAGAAAGAAUUAAUGAUCAUAUUUUUAACGUAUUAUGAUGACAGCGUCAUUAUUAAAGCUACUAUCAUUUCAUUAAUUAUAGGAGUGUAUUUAGAAUUAAGUCUGAGGUACAAACCUUAUAAUCUGAAUAAUCUGAAUAAAUUAGACUAUUAUUAAACAAAUGUCUGUUUAGCUUCAAUCGCUUUAGCUAUUGGUAUAUAUGUCUCAGAAUAAUCAAAUUCAAAAGAAAUACAAAUUCCUUAUGCUAUAGUGAUUUCUAUUUUGAAUCUACAUAUCACAUAUACAUUAAUAUCUAAGAUUUUAGUUGAAUACUUGAGGGAGAAGAGCAGUAAUUUAGAUGAAAAGGUGGACAAAGUUAGGAACAACAUCAGAAAUACAUUCCCCUUUCUAAAUAAAAUUCCUUUUAUGAGGAGAAUAUUAGCAGAUCGUAGCGAGUAACGUAGUAGAGUAGCCAAAUUGUACUCUAAACUAAAAUAAUUUUUAAUUCCUCAAGCGAAAGAAAUUAUAGCCUUUAAAAACUACUAGUGGUAAAUUGCUCUAGAAAGAAACAUGGAAUAAAACAUAGAUACAAUACCUUUGAGUCUGAGAAGCCCAGCUCAGGCAAAGGAAAGAUAGUAAUUUAUAAGAAAAUCAAUACGAGAAAGUUCAAUACAAUAAUCUAGAAACACCAUAACCGCAUUUGUGUUGGAAAAAAUGUACAUAUAAUUUUAUAUUAAACUGAAGGAAAUAGAAACGAGUUGAUUAGAUGGCAGAAAUAUUUGAAGUUAAGAAAUAAAAGCCCUCUAGAGUCACCCCUGCACAAAGUGAAAAGUAUAUUAAGGAUAACGAUGAAGAUUGA